UUACGGAUGCACAAUCAAAGCAUUUGUAAAAACAAUACUCAUUCGCAUUUCGAUCGGGUUCGUGGUCCCGUGUAGAGAAGAUUUUGAAUUAUAGGUGUCCAUUCUACCGGAGAAUCGUGUGCAAUCUUGUCAUAAUAAUAAGCCAUGGAGUGUUUGUCGUUACCGUGGUAGUUUUGUGAAUUCGAAUAAAACUGUUAUCGUGUCUUCUCAAAAGUCUGCGGUCGCAAACUUGUUCCAGGGUGUAAAGCCGUGUAAUUGCGUGGUAGUGAAUUGAGCAGAACUAUUUCUGAUUGUAAGGAAGACUCGGGCUGGCACAAUGCAGCCGCUUCAAUAUUGUCCGACCAACGUGUCGAUGUCGGUGGUUUGGUUCAACCACGGCAUCUCACAAUGCUUUCUGGACACGGUAUCAUCUGCCACAAUCGGUGGCUUUCUGCUGCUGUUUGGUACUAUACAGCUGAUAAUGUACCGCCGCUAUGGAACGGAAAUCAAUCCCACACAAAUUGGACGUUCUAAAAUGUACAAUUUUCAGCUGGUUUUGUUAGUGCUUCUACCGCUUCUAGCACUGGUGCGAUUUAUAUUGGAAGGGUUCGUGUUUGAAGACGCUCAAGUGUAUGGAUUUAUGAUCCUUUCCCUGUGCGUUACCUUGUUUAUGUACCCGUAUUCGAUAUUAUUGCUGGUGAAGGAACGUUACUAUUUAUUGCCUUCGUUACCAACUCGUGGGCAUGGUCUAGUGCUGCUACUAUUUUGGACCUUGCUGUUCAUCGCCCAAAAUGUACUGUUUGUAAAUCUAAACUACGAAAAGGCUUGGUUUCAUUUGACUUCGACAAAAGAUAAGGUAGAGUUUGCCCUGUUUGUUCUGCGCUACACAGCCACUCUUUUCAUCUUCGUGAUUGGUCUGAAAGCACCGGCUAUAACGUCGACCUGGUUAGGUGAUGAUUACCAGAAUUUGACUCCGCAGGAUCAGGAAAAUCAGUCCACCUUCAGAGGAGCAUGGAAUAAGAUGCGAAGGUUGAUGCCAUUUUUGUGGCCAAAGAAAGAUGUCUUGCUGCAAUUUAGAGUGCUGUUUUGCUUUGGCUUGUUGUUGUCCGGUCGUGUAAUCAACUUGUACGUACCGAUUUACAAUAAAAAGAUUGUUAAUAGUUUGUCCGAUCAACCGAUCGAUUUCCGCUGGGACUGGAUUCUGCUGUACGUUGGGUUCAAGUUUCUACAGGGCGGCGGAACCGGCUCGAUGGGUUUGCUGAACAAUUUGCGCAGUUUCCUGUGGAUACGUAUUCAGCAGUACACCACUCGGGAGAUUGAGGUGGAACUUUUCCGGCACCUGCACAGUUUGUCCUUGCGGUGGCAUCUGAAUCGGAAAACCGGCGAAGUAUUGCGUGUAAUGGAUCGUGGUACCGACAGCAUUAACAAUUUGCUCAACUAUAUACUGUUCUCGAUUGCACCGACCAUUGUGGACAUCCUGAUUGCGGUUGCGUUCUUUAUCGUCGCCUUCAACUGGUGGUUCGGAUUGAUCGUGUUUAUUACAAUGGCGCUAUAUGUUGUUGCUACUAUCAUGGUUACGGAGUGGCGUACCAAAUUCCAGCGACGCAUGAACUUAGCCGAUAACGAGCAGAAGGCUCGCAGUGUCGAUUCGCUGUUGAACUUCGAAACGGUCAAGUACUACGGUGCCGAACAGUAUGAGGUGGACUGUUACCGGGAGGCUAUUUUGAAAUUUCAAGCUGAGGAGUGGCGUUCAUCAAUCACGCUCAAUAUAUUGAACACAAUGCAAAACGUCAUCGUUUGUAGUGGUUUAUUGGCUGGAUCAUUGCUGUGUGCUUACAUUGUGGUGCACGAGGAAGGCCUCACUGUUGGUGACUAUGUUUUGUUCGCUAGUUACAUCAUUCAGCUGUACGUGCCACUUAACUGGUUCGGGACUUUCUACCGGGCGAUCCAAAAGAACUUCGUCGAUAUGGAGAACAUGUUCGACUUAAUGCAUGAGGAACAGGAAGUGAUCGACGCACCGGGAGCCGGCGAACUAGCCGUAAUCCGUGGUGGAUCCAUUGACUUUUCUAACGUUACCUUUGGAUAUACGCCGGAGCGAUUCGUUUUGCGCAAUGUAAGCUUUACGGUUCCAGCUGGUAAAACCAUAGCUAUCGUAGGACCAUCCGGUGCUGGUAAAAGCACAAUUAUGCGACUGCUAUUCCGCUUCUACGAUGUCGAAAGUGGUUCAAUUUCAAUCGACGGUCAAAACAUCAAGACAGUCAGGCAAGCUUCACUACGGAAGGCUAUCGGUGUUGUACCCCAAGACACGGUACUGUUCAAUAACACCAUAAAAUACAAUAUUCAGUACGGUCGAGUGGAUGCUCCGGAAGUGGAUGUCCUAUUAGCUGCGAAAAGCGCAGACAUUCACGAAAAGAUUCUCACGUUCCCCGAGAAGUACGACACUCAAGUCGGUGAACGUGGUCUCCGAUUGAGCGGUGGCGAAAAGCAACGAGUUGCAAUUGCUCGAACUAUCCUCAAGUCACCGUUCAUAGUAUUGCUGGAUGAAGCGACCAGCGCACUAGAUACUCAAACAGAGCGAAAUAUCCAAUCGGCACUCGCCAAGGUAUGUGCUAAUCGGACGACCCUGAUAAUUGCCCAUAGACUUUCGACGAUUAUCCAUGCGGACAAUAUUCUCGUUCUGAAGGACGGUGCUAUUGUUGAGUAUGGCCGUCAUGAGUCGCUACUAGAGAAACAAGGUGUAUACGCCGAUAUGUGGAAUCAGCAGUUAAAAAAUCUGGAAGCGGGUAAUGGUCAACCGGUACAACCAGCUUUGACCAAUGGUGGUCCUGCGGCGAACAAUGCACCGCCAGCGGCUUACCAUGGUCAUCAUCAUCACCAUUAGAAGACUGUAAAAUCACGGUAUUGAGUGUCGAUUUAUUUUAUUGAUGACACGUAUGUAAUACCUAAUUAAGGUUUACAUACUUUCUAAUGAGGUACCUUUUAAAGGUCGCUUUGUUGAUGCGGAGCAAUUUUUAACUAUUCUGUUACGGUUCACUGUGUAAUUUAGGAAAUGGUUUGGACAGCUGAAGGUGAUUAUGACCUGACAGUAUAGCUAAACGUGUGAUGUAUAAACCAAGGACGGGGAGUCAAAAUUCAGCUAUUUUGUAGUAACUUUACUACUUACCUACUAGUUAACUUAAUAGAUACAUUACUUUGUUCAUUUAACUAAAAAUGUGAAUAGUACAUGAACUAAG